GGAUUUGUUCUUUAAGAAGAAAAUGUGCAUAUACGUUAUUGAAUGUUUUUAGAAUGUGUUGUUUCUGUUUCAGAAUUCUAUCUCCUUUGAGGAUGUAGCUGUGUUUUUCUCUGUGGAGGAGUGGGCACUGCUGGAUUUUGAGCAAAAAACUCUGUAUCGAGAGGUCAUGCUGGAAAACGCAAGCAAUGCAGUCUCCUUAGCAGGUGAUCGAUGGGAGAUGGAGGAUUCUGGCAGUGAGACAGCAGCACCUUUGCCAGAAGGACAAAGACCUUUUGAGACAGCCAGAAAGGAAGUUGUGGAAAGGUUGUUUCGAAAGCCAAGUCCUGAGGAAAACCAGUUAAAAGAGGGUUUGGGGAAAUGCUCUACUUUUGCAUGUGUACAUAUCAAUGUCUUCUUGGGCAAAGACGAUCACCAAGAAAAAGAAGUGUGUCCAGGGUGCGGAAAAAUACUCAGAGCUCAAUCGGGAUUAUGUGACUGUUGCAGAAGCCACACUGUAGGGAAACAAAAUGAAAGUGGGAAAUGCUCCAGAAGGACCUUUCCUCUUACUUUACAUCAGAGAAUACAAGAAGGAGGAAAACCAUAUAAAUGCAUGGAAUGUGCAGAAAGCUUUAGUACAAGCCGUACCCUUAUGUCUCAUAAAAAGAUUCACAAAGCAUUGGAGCUGUACAAAUGUCUGGAAUGUGGAAAGAACUUCAGUCAGAAAAAUCACUUUAAUUCACAUAAGAUGGUCCACAAAAGGAAGAAGCAAUAUCAAUGCAUCAAGUAUGGAAAGAGUUUCAGAAGCAGUGGCUCCCUUAUUUCCCAUCAAAGCAUCCACAGAGAGGAAAAGCUAUAUCAAUGCAGGGAGGGUAGAAAGAGGCUUACUCAGAGUAAUGUACUGAAUUUCCAGAAAAAAAGCCUCAUUGGGAAUAAAUCAUGUAAAUGCCUGGAGUGUGGAAAGAGCUUCCGUUUUGCAAGUGAGCUAACUUAUCAUAAUAGGACCCAUACAGGGGAGAAGCCAUAUCAGUGCAUGGUGUGUGAAAAGAGCUUCAGUCAAAAAGGUAAUUUCAAUUUACAUAAGAGGAUCCACACAGGAGAGAAGCCAUAUAAAUGCACCGAGUGUGGAAAAUGCUUCAGAACCCCUGGUUCCCUUACUUGCCAUAUGAGGAUUCACACAGGGGAGAAACCAUAUGAAUGCCUGGAGUGUGGAAAGAGCUUUAGUAGGAACAGUACCCUUACUUUCCAUAAUAGGAUACAUAAAGGAGAGAAGCCGUAUAAAUGCCUGCAGUGUGGAAAGAACUUCAGGCAAAAAGUUCAUCUCAAUUCACAUGAGAGGAUCCACACAGGAGAAAAACCAUAUAAAUGCAUGGAAUGUGGAAAGAGUUUCCAUUUCUUAACAAAUCUUACUUCGCAUAACAGGAUCCACACAGGGGAGAAGCCAUAUAAAUGCAUGCAGUGUGGAAGGUGCUUUGCCAAUUCUUGUUCCCUUCAUUCCCAUGAAAGAACCCACACAGGAGUGAAACCAUAUAAAUGCAUGGAGUGUGGAAAGAGCUUCUCUAAAGUAAGUCACCUAACUUCUCAUAAUAGGAUCCACUCAGGAGAAAAACCAUAUAAAUGUACUGAAUGUGGGAAGUGCUUCAGAGAUUCAAAUUACCUUGCUACCCAUAAAAGGAUACACACAGGGAAAAAGCCCUAUAAAUGCACUGAAUGUGGAAAAUGUUUCACUAAGUCUGGUUCCCUCACUUGCCAUAAAAGGGUCCACACUGGGGAGAAACCAUAUGAAUGCAAGGAAUGUGGAAGGAACUUCAGUCAAAAAAAUCAUUAUAUUGUACAUAACAGAAUCCACACUGGGGAGAAGCCAUAUAAAUGCAUGGAGUGUGGGAAAUGCUUCAGUGAUUCUCGGGAGUUUGCUUUACAUAAAAGAAUUCACACAGGUGAGAAACCAUUUAAGUGCAUGGAGUGCGGAAAGAGUUUCAGAAAAAGCAGUUACCUUAGUUACCACCAGAGGAUCCACACAGGGGAGAAACCGUAUAAAUGCAUCGAAUGUGGAAAAAGCUUUAGUCAAAACCAUUCACUUAAUAGCCAUAGAAGGAUUCAUUCAGGGGAGAAACCAUAUAAAUGCCUGGAGUGCGGAAAAUGCUGUAUUGAUAGUGGUUCUCUUAAUUCCCAUAUGAGGAUCCACACAGGGGAGAAGCCAUAUAAAUGCAUUGAGUGUGGAAAGAGUUUCCGGAUUAGCAGUAGUCUUUCUUGUCAUAAAAGAAUCCAUACAGGGGAGAAACCAUAUCAAUGUGUGAAGUGUGGAAAGAGCUUCAGAACCAGCAGUGACCUUACUCGCCAUAAGAAGACCCACAGAGGGGAAAAAACAUAAUUGUGUGUGGAUUUAUUCUCAGUUUGCUUCAUGCCCACAGAAAGUUUCACGGGACAAUCCAUAUAAAUGCAUGGAGUGUGGGAAAGGCUUCAGAAGUAGCAGAAGCUUUUCUACCCAUAAAGAGAUACACAAAUGUUAGAGCCAUACAAAUGAACUGAGUGGAAUAACUUCAGAGACCACAGUCCUGAGCUGUUGAUUUCCAUGGAAAAAUGUGAUGGUCAUUAAUGGAAGUUUAGAAUGAACAGGUAUGGCUGGUGAAGGAAGA